CAAAAGCAAAGUGCCAAAUUAUGCUCUAAUUUUCAUCCAAUUCAGUUUCACACAUGUUGAAAGAUACUCUUUACUAUUUUUCCAUCUCUUAUAAUAUUGCUCUUCUCAACACUCUGUAAUGGAAUCAGUAUCUUGCUUCAGAAUAUCUUACAACAAGUUGACUUUGAAGAACAUCAUUGACAAUUUUUUUUUUUAAAUUCCUUCUCUUAUUCAAGAAUUUGUGCUUUUUUAAGAUUGAUGCUCUGUUCCUCAAAAAAAAAAAAAAAAAAAAUCAUGAACAAGAAUUUAUUCAUAUUUCUCAUAAUAUUAUUAUUAUUAUCAAUAUUCUCAGCAUCAAAUAUUUCCCAAGCCCAACAGCAAUAUUCAGGUAAUUCAAUUCUUGUAUGUCAAAACAGCUCCAAGAAUACAGAACAAUCUCCAUCUUUUCUCUACACCUGCAAUAUCCAAAACCCUAAUUGCAGAGCCUUCUUACUUUUCAAAACAAAACCCCCUUACAUUUCUCUCUCCUCCAUUUCCGACCUCACUUCCUCCGACCCAAUCGAACUCUCCCGUCUGAACAACGUCUCCACAUCAACAAUCCUGCCGCCGGAAAAAAACGUCAUCAUUCCGGUGACCUGCUCCUGCUCCGGCCAGUACUACCAAGCCAACACAUCCUAUAUUUCCAGACCCGCCGACAACACAUAUCUCACCAUAGCAAACGAAACCUACGAGGGCCUCACCACCUGCGACGCGCUCAUGCGCGUGAACCCCUACGGCGAAUUUGAAUUGUACCCGGGCUUGAAAUUGCAGGUGCCGCUCAGAUGCGCUUGCCCUAAUCAAGAACAGAUUUUGAAAGGGGAAAACUUUUUGUUGACUUUUUUGGUCAACUGGGGUGACACAGUUCGUAGUAUCAGCCAAAAGUUUAAUGUUACUGCCAAAAGUGUAGCUUUAGCCAAUGGGUUGUUCUCUGAAGAAGAAAUUAUUUACCCCUUCACCACUAUCUUGAUUCCUCUGCCAACAGAGCCUCUGAUUUCUCAAAUUAUCACAAACUCUAACCAAACAGUCCCUACUACACAAAACCCUAAUAAUAGCGAAACGAGGAAGCUGUAUAAAGGGAUUUACAUCGGUAUUGGAUCCGGUGCUGCGUUAUCAGUUCUUGUCUUUGCUCUUCUCAUGAGCUUCUUACAUUACCGGAGAAAGAGAAAAAACGAAUCUUUGUCGAAAAUCGGACAAGGGAAAAGUAAUCAAGAAUUGCCGGAGAAUUUCUUCAAUAAACUUAUCGGAAUAGGCGAAAUCUUGAAGAUGUAUACGUACGAAGAGCUAGAAACAGCCACGGAAAAUUUCAGCCCGUGUAAGAGACUGAGUGAUUCGAUUUACCUCGGUAGUAUUCGCGGUGAAUUAUUCGCCGUGAAAAAAACGAACACUGAUAUUGUGCCUAAGGAGAUCAAAAUACUAGGUAAUAUCAAUCACUUCAAUCUGAUUAGUCUUUACGGUGUUUGCGAGCACGACGGAAUUUUCUAUCUCGUUUACGAGUACUUGGAGGGAGGUUCUUUAAGAGAAUGGCUUCGUAACGGAAACUCUCUCGUUUCUCAUACUUGGAGAAAUCGAAUUAUUAUUGCUUUAGAUGUGGCGAAUGGGCUCGAUUAUCUUCACAAUUUCACGUCUCCAGCUUACGUGCACAAGGAUAUUAAUAGUAGCAGUAUUUUGCUGAACAGGGAUUUGAGGGCAAAGCUUGCACAUUUCAGCCUUGCACGAGAAGACGGAGAAAACUCACACAGUAGCCGUGUUGUGGGUGAAAAGGGUUACAUGGCACCCGAGUAUGUAAAUAUCGGGGAAGUGACGCCGAAAACCGAUGUGUAUGCAUUUGGUGUAGUUCUGUUGGAACUUAUUACAGGGAGAGAAGCUGUUUUCUUGCAAGAAAGUGGUGAAGAGGUUCUUUUGUCUGAAAUAGUACUUAUGCGUGUAGGCGGUGAUGUAAAUGACCUUGUUGACCCUCGUCUGCAGAUAAGGCAUCCGCUCGGUUAUAUUAUGGAUUGUAGUGACGUGGCGUUGCGUUUGAUGAAGUUGAGCUUAGCGUGCUUGGCUCGAGAGCCUGCAAAUAGAUUAACCAUGGCUGCAGUAAUUUCAAAUCUGAUGAAAAUUCAGCUCGAUAUUCCUAACUCUCAGUCCUUUUCCAUUGAAUAGGAUUAUUAUUCUCAAUGGAAAAGACUAGAGGCCGACUUUGUCUGUCGGAGGAGCAAACCGUUAGCACAGUACGUGUUUAUAUUUGCAAAAUAUCAUAUAAAAAUUAAAUUAGUCUUUAUGACUAUUUUCGACUAUUUUCACCGCUUCUUUUUUUUUUCUUUUGGAAAGUCGAAAUACGGUUCAAAAAGUUGAGAUUUGUCGAUUUCAGGUUACCCUAAUCUGAGUUCAGAUGUUGAAGAAGGUAUAUGCCAAGUGCUGGCUCAUAUGUGGUUGGAUUCCGAGAUUCUUGCUGGCUCCGGUGGUAGUAGUAGUAGUAGUAAUGUGACAUCAGUGUCGACAUCAUCAUCAUCGUCGUCGUCAUCAUCGUUGCCUGGAUCUUCGAAGAAGGGAAAACGGUCUGAAUUCGAGAAAAAACUCGGAGAUAAUUUCAAGCACCAGAUAGAAUCGGAUACUUCUGCAACAUACGGAGAUGGUUUUAGAGAAAGAAAUAAGGCUGUGCUCAAAUAUGGUUUCAAACACCAAACUUACAUGUAUUAAAUUUAGUGGAAUCUUCUAUAUUAUGUGGAAUAUCUCCAGUUUGUACC